UAAGAGUCAUUUGUCCGGGAAUCGAACUACACUGGACGCACAGUAUGUAUUUGAUUCACUAAAAAGAACCGACUCAUAAGAGUCUUUGGUUCGGAAAUCGGACUGUACCGGUCUCGCUGUAGUGUUUCUCACUGUGGAUUCGGUAGCAGUGUCAGUGAAUAGUAUUGCAGGAAACCCUGUCAGAUUGCGGCGCUCCGUUCGUUUCAGCAAAGGAUGACAUUCCCAUUUUAACGCUUCUCGAACGUUCAGUACAUGAAAAUUAUUCGGGUCUGGCAUUUAAAGAAAUGCUUCUCAGUUCCCAAUCCUAGUACAAACUGACAUUAUCUCAAUGCUGUCUCUGACCUGUCUUCCGAAGAGUGUCUUUUGUUUUGAGGAAACCUUUGAGACUGUUCUUCUCGCUCUCUGAUUGGUCGUUGUGAAGUCAGGAGGUGUGCUGAAAACACUCCUGAUGGAAAGGCUCGACGCGUUUCGACCAAUCAGCUCUUGACUUUGGUCUUCGCGUGGCUGCUUUAAAGGGCUUGACAGAAACCCCUCCACCCUACACUAUGCAGAAUUCUCCGUUUUUAUUCACUUUUUCGAAGCGACGCUAAGAAUUCAACUUUGAAAGUGUAGUUAUAAUGCCAUUACAAAGCAAACUAAACUAUUAAUUGCGUUUUGCCUGUGGGCUCCCCUGCUGUUUGGGCUUUUUUGUUUGCACCUGAAUAUAUUAGGACUGCCAGCAGGAUGAAGUUGAAGUGUUCAAGGAAGCCAGGAAAGCCACCAUCUGUAACGUAAGAUAACUAAGAUGCUUCAGGGAGACAGGAAGGACAGCUGAUCGUCCUGCACUGCCAAACCACCUUUUCCAUGGUUUGGGAUGGAUAUCGGUGGUACUUUAGUAAAGCUUGUUUACUUUGAGCCAAAAGACAUCACUGCAGAAGAGGAGCUGGAAGAGGUGGAGAAUCUGAAGAGCAUACGCAGGUACCUCACCUCCAACACGGCCUAUGGCAAAACUGGUGUCCGUGAUGUACACCUGGAGCUACGCAACCUGACAAUCUGCGGUCGUACAGGGAACCUUCACUUCAUCCGCUUCCCCACCGCUGCCAUGCACAGUUUCAUCCAGAUGGGCAGAGAUAAGCACUUCUCCAGCCUACAUACCACACUGUGCGCCACUGGUGGUGGGGCAUACAAGUUUGAGAACGACUUCAGAACGAUGGCAGACCUAGAGCUGCUGAAGUUGGAUGAGCUGGACUGUCUGAUCCAGGGGCUGCUGUACAUAGACUCGGUCGGUUUUAACGGUCAUCCUGAGUGCUAUUACUUUGAGAACCCCUCCGACACACAGAACUGCAUCAAGAGACCCUGUUGUCUUGACAACCUUUUUCCCAUGUUGCUGGUCAACAUUGGCUCGGGCGUCAGCAUUCUGGCAGUGUACACCAAGGACAACUACAAACGAGUGACAGGCACCAGUCUUGGUGGAGGGACGUUUUUGGGGCUUUGCUGCCUGUUAACGGGUUGUGAGACUUUUGAAGAGGCCCUUGAAAUGGCCAGCAAAGGGGACAGCACCAAUGUGGACAAACUGGUGAAGGACAUCUAUGGAGGAGACUACCAGCGCUUUGGCCUACAAGGGUCUGCAGUGGCUUCAAGCUUUGGUCACAUGAUGAGCAAAGAGAAGAGGGACAGUAUUUCUAAAGAGGAUCUGGCCCGAGCCACACUCGUCACUAUCACCAACAACAUUGGCUCCAUUGCACGCAUGUGUGCAGUUAAUGAGAAGAUCGAACGGGUUGUUUUUGUGGGGAACUUUCUGCGUAUAAACACAGUGUCGACAAAGCUUCUUGCCUAUGCUAUGGACUUCUGGUCCAAGGGCCAGCUGAGGGCCCUUUUCCUGGAACAUGAGGGAUACUUUGGAGCCGUCGGUGCUUUUCUAGAACUGCUGAAGUCGUCUGAUGACGCAUAAAGGAAAUCAUCAUCUCUGAUGAUCCAGAAGCUGCUUUAAGACUUCCACGCAGAAGCGCCAACAGGAAAACUGGAACACUGGGAAAUUUAAAAGAAGCCAUUAUAGUAACUAACCUGUAAAUAACCCUUGAAAUAAAAUUCUAAACAAUAUUUUAUGAGUAACUUAGUCUCCCUCAGACUUCCAACUCGAACGGAACCUUAUUGUUCAUUUGUUUUCCUUUUAUACUGUUUUUAAAUAUCAUUGUGUAGUGAACAGGGAGAGUUUAUAUGAUGGCCAAAACCUGCUGUGUUAAAGUUUUGCUAUCCUUGACCUGCCACCAGGUGAAAGUGUCUUUCUGUUUCUAGGCCUGGUUAAAUAAUGGAGUUUUUUGUGUUAAACUGCUGUUCAAACACAUUGUUGGAGUUGAUUUUUAAGCCUCAGGUGCUGUGUUAAAUGUGUGCCGACUCACUUUUUCGCCUUGCCUUUUCCCAUUCUUUUUCCUAUCUAAACCAAAGCUACUUCAAUCAUCUUUUUCUGAAUGCACACAGUUAUAUGCAUAUACCUCCUCUUUGGUAGCUUUCCUCUUAUCUGUAAUGGUACUAAGAGUACUUGAAGAAGUCGUGUGAUGACAAAACAAAGUCAGUAUGACAGCAGUUACCCACAACCCCCCAUUCCUCAGUAUUCAAAUGUUUAGACAGUUUUAAGACUCAGCCGUUGUGUUUCCAUUGUAGUGCCAAAGUGAGAUUGGGGAGGAGUCAAACCAGACAGCCUGCCAGUGCAAGCAUUCCUGCUUUGCCAGGCCAUGUACCACAUUACUUCUCCUAAAAGUUGCCUAGCAUUAGAGUAUUUCUAAGAUGAAGUUCAAUAUCAUAUGUCAUUAAA